AUGAACGAGUCGGCGUUUCCGACCCUAAUUCCUACUACGACUUCCAAUCCUGUCGUUCAAGUACGACUGUCUUCGGAAUCGCAGUUCAAGAACACUUAUUAUAGCUUGGUAGAAGCUCACACGCAAUCAAUCAAUAAUGCCAUCAAACCACUCGUUAAGCCAAUCACCACGAGCAGUCGCCGUACCAUCAAUGAAUAUCAGUUGGGUUCAUCGAUAGGUCAUGGGCAAUUCGGUAAAGUUUACAAGGCUUAUUCUAAUGUUACGGGCGCUAUGGUGGCUAUCAAAAUGAUUUCGAAGAAACCACUCAAUAAUCAGUAUUCUAUGAACCAGACAAUGCGUCAGAUUCAGGCCUGGAGAUCAAGAGGUUUAGUCACAGUUAUCUCAGGUGACAAAGCAGUCAUGUUGAUGAAUGUACAAAAAUGCAGGUGGGAGAUAUACAUCAUGAGUAAACUAUGCAAUCAGUACGUGAUCUCUUGCAAAGAAAGUUUAGAUUCAUCACAGAGUAAAUCGAUGUGGGUCGUCAGCGAAUGGUGUAAUCUGGGUGAAUUACAAUGGCAGCGUCAAAGCAAAGAAGACAUACCGUCACAGUGGCAGAAAUUAAAACCGCAAUAUGAUGUAGCAUCUUUCACAGAGAAGGCUUUGAUAGAUUUGACUCAUGGGCUGAGGUAUCUUAAAUCUCAGGGAUGUAUUCAUCGUGAUAUUAAACCAUCUAAUAUCCUAGUUGAUGGCGUGCAAGGCGUGCUCAAGAUUUCAGAUUUCGGUUGCAGUAUACUGACUCCAGAAUCACUACCUUUCAAAGAAGAUUCCAUGGAGCAAUGCUAUCAAGCAGAGUUGAACAAGAUUGUUGGUACCCCAGCAUUCAUAGCGCCUGAACUUUGUCAUUUCGAAGAAUCAAAUUCAAACAAUACGAUCGACGGUUUCCAAUUGGAUAUUUGGUCCCUCGGCGUUACACUAUUUUGUCUUUGGCAUAACGAUCUACCAUUUUAUGGAGAAAAUGAAUUCGAUACCUAUCAAAGAGCCAUGAAUAUCUCGUUGGAGCCAAAAAUCAAUGGUCAGCCGAUAAAUGAUCUCAUCAUCUUGAAGUUGUUAGAGAAAGACCCUUCAAAGAGGAUGGAUAUCACAACGUUAGCCGAUACAGUACUGCCGAGAGGCUCUACGGUAAAAGAUAAACCUAUACAAACAUUCUUCAAUAAACUGUGGAAAUUCAAAUCGAAGAAGAAACCACCGGAGUCAGAUACCCUGGUACUCAAUGUUCGACAGGAUUUGACAGAUUCUUCUUCAUCGUUUUCGGAAGACGAUGAACCAGUGCAAGUAACAGAGUUCAUGGAUACAAAACCUCGCAACAAUACAAGUAAACCGGCGGAAAUUGAGUCUAAUGAUCGCCUAUCAAUACUUUCAAUCUCUCCGAUUAAGCUGGCUACACCGAUUAAGGCACUAAUACGCAUAAGAAGUUCACCAGCCACAGAUAAGAGUGACAAAUCGAAUCCAUCUUUGAAUUCGAGUUCUCCAUCAAAGCUCAAGAAGAAAAACAAUUCGAAGCGAUUGGCGCAUUCUCACGAUAUAGUAAACUUCAAACAGUUCAUUCAACCAAGAAACACAAGCAAUGAUAAAGCACCGUCAACUCCAGAAGAUAUAGAAGAGUAUUUGAGGUUUGCUGACACCAAAUGA